GUGGUCAGGUAGGGUGUUGCUGUUCCUGUGGAGGAGAGUGACAGAGCAGACAUGGUCAGUGCAAGGAGGGCUGAUCCCUGAUCCAUAUCAUGGAGGGGAGGCGAGAGACGGGAUUUAACAAAAGACAGGAGGGACGUUUAUUCCAAAGGAGAAGAAAUAGUACAAUAAGAGGCCAGAAUGUAACACUAGAUGGAAUGGAAGCAAGUUUGACUUUACUGAGAGGGUGGUAGCUAAGUGAAACAGCCUCCCUGCAGAGGUGGUAGAGGGUAAUACAGUGAGGUAUUAAACAUGCAUGGGAUAGACAUACGGCUCCUGAAUCUAAGACGAGAUCAGCCACGUGGGGACACAUGCAGGAAUGUUAUUGAUAAACAGACACAUUCAGAGAGGAAACAAAGUAUCAUCUAUUAGGUUGUGAAAGGGUUUGUCGCGGGUGGAUACAUUGUAUCUGUGAAGAUCUGGGUCUUGAUUAGCAGAUGGAUCCAGCAACACCAAAGAGUGAAAAUGAACUCAUCUCGGAGAAGCGCGAUAUCGGAGAGUUUAUCGAAGAACACGCCAAAGACCCCUUAUACCAGCGGAAAUUAAAGGAACUCCAGAAAAGGUACAGCGCGGUAAGAAAAACGCGCGCCGACGGCAGCUGUUUUUACAGAGGUCUUGUGUUUGCUUACCUAGAAUUUCUGAUUGGAAAGCAGCAGGAACUGGUCAGGUUUAAAGAUGUUGUAGUUCGGAGUAAACAAGAGCUUUUAGCUGCUGUAUUCCAGGAGCACGUCAUUAAACAGCACUACGAAACAUUUCUUAGCAUUGUAGACUCUGUAGCCGCGGAGGGAUCCGUCUCAAACCUAACGAGGGUCUUCAACCACCAGUUGAGCUCUGACAGCGCCGUGCAGUUCCUGAGGCUCGUAACGUCUGCGUUCGUCCGUAACCGAGCCGAGUUCUACCUGCCUUUUGUCGACGAGGAGACCAACAUCCCAGACUUCUGUACCCAGCACGUGGAACCGAUGACCUCCGAAUGCGACCACGUUCAAAUGACUGCACUGUCUCAAGCGCUGGAGAUCUCUCUUCAGGUGGAAUGCGUGGACGAGAUGGACACUGUGAUUAACCACCAUAUAUUUCCGGAGGGCGCCAGCCCGUCUGUUUUUAUGUUAUAUAAGAACAAUCAUUACACGAUCCUGUACAGGGUGCAGCCCCAGGGGGUGGACGAUCUGUAACGUGCCCCUGUUUUUAUAUAAAUGCUUGUUAGUGACCCACCUGCGCCCCUCUCUGGCUGGGUGUAAAUAAGGUCUGACCCCGUAUGGGCCGCUGUUUUAUGCUUAAUAAAUAUAAAAUAAAAGGUACCUCAUU